UGCAUUGUAUUCGAACAACAUAUAAAGCAAAUAAGGCAGGUACGAAUUUUAGUCACUUGCAUAAAUCGUAAAUAUCGUGUGUAUAACUUGUCAAGAAAAUUCAGUUUGAAUGUCAAAUUGUAUCAAAACAAUAGAAAAGUAGUUUGUGUUCUCUGCCAUAAACAGAGCAAUGUCGUUCUUUGGCGUCUACAUACCGCCAUCCAAUGCGGGGUUCGAAGGUACCGCAGCACAAUGUGCGGGAUCCAUUGCAGCGGAGAACAUGAAGAUUUUGCCCACAACAACAACAACAAAUGGCGCAAAUCAGCCAAACGAAAGCAUGUACGAGGAUCCCGACUAUCCCCCCGACUCACCGCUCUGGUUGAUAUUCACGGAAAAGUCCAAGGCACUGGAUAUGCUCCGCCACUACAAGGAGGCACGUCUGCGCGAAUUUCCAAACCGUGAACAGGCCGAGAGCUACGUACAAUUUGGUUUUGAGAGCAUCGAGUCGCUUAAGCGUUACGGCAAAGCCAAACCAACCAGCAAGCCUGUGCAAUUGCCAACAACAUCGUCGGGUAGCAGUAACAGCUAUAAGACAUCAUACAGCGGCAGCGAUAGUCCGCUCUUCUCCUCGUCACCCACAAAUUGCAGCAGUAGCAGUCCAAUGAGCAACAACGCCAGCAACAACAUCAUCAGCAGCAGCAGCAGCUCUAGCAGCAACAGCAACAACAUCAUCACAAGCACCAGCGGCGGCCAGCAUCAGCAGCAACAACAUCAUCAGCAGCAGCAACAACAGCAGCAGCAUAGCUCAUUGAAUGCAGAGCGACAACCGUUUCGAGCGCCUACGAAACAGGAGCUUGUCGAAUUUCGCAAACAGAUCGAGGCCGGCAACUUGGAGCGCGUGAAACGUAUCGUUUGGGAUAAUCCACGCUAUCUGAUUAGCAGCGGCGAUACGCCAACCAGUCUGAAGGAGGGCUUUCGCUACAAUGCCAUGCACAUUUGCGCCCAAUGGAAUCAGCCCAGCAUCUCUGCAUUCAUUUUGAAAACCAUCUCGGAUCGAGAGUUUACCCAAUUGUAUGCGGGGAAAAAGAGCAGCGGCGACAUGUGCGCUGCCCUCAAUGAAAAUCUGCUCGAUUAUUAUCUUAAUAUGCCGGACAAGGGUCGCGGUGAGACACCGUUGCAUUUUGCUUCGAAAUAUGGUCACGCCAGUGUUGCCGAAGUACUUAUUAUGUAUCGACAGUGCAAGUCGCUAAAGAACACCGAGGGCAAGUAUCCCAAAGAUAUAAUUUGUCAACGUGCACAGAAUGAAGCGACGUUGACGUAUAAAAAACUGUAUUUGCUGCUGUCCGAUCCGCAUUUUGUGCCCGUGUUGCGUGCCAUAGUCGACACUGUGCCUCCGUUUAUUGGACAGCCCUUUACACCGCACGACCCGCCGCCACUGCAGUAUAAGAGGGAGGAGAGCGAUCGCCUCAAUGUGGAUCUUCAAAUCUGCGCUAUGGCUGGCCCAAUGUCACGUGAGCAAGCAUUUAAUUUCUAUCGUCGCUGGAAGACACCGCCACGUCUUGGCAGCAAUGUGAUAUCACCGUUGGCCGGAUCGCCUUAUAUCUCGCCAAUGAAGACGCCAAACAAAUCGCUGUUCAACCGGAGCUCCGACCAACUUUCGAUAGGUCGUCGCGUUCUAUUUAGCCCAACGACGCCAAAUAAAUCAUUAAACAGCGAAACAAAUGGCAAUCGUAAGCAACAGCAAUUGGAAGUGGACACAUCAUCGCAGACACAAACACAGGAUGAGACAGAGGACAACAUUGAGAACAACAAUAACAAUGAUUGUGCGUACAAGGGGACGACGCCAAGUGGCAAAACGGAAGCGAUUAAACCGAAGCAACUCUAUAACAUGUCAACGCCAAUGCGGCAAGUGCGAAGUGAUUUGCUAUUGGAAUAUCACUGCGGAAAUAAUUCAUCGUUGCGGGCAGAUGAAUCAAUGGAUGUCGGCUGCGGCUCUAAUUUCAGUCUUAAUGUCUCGAAUCUGAAUGAUAGUUUCCGUGAGCGUCACAUUAAGAACUCGGACAUUGAGAAGGGCCUCGAGGUGGUCGGUCGUCAAUUGGCGCGCCAAGAGCAGAUGGAGUGGCGUGAAUAUUGGGAUUUUCUGGACACCUUCAUUGACAUUGCCUCGCCCGCUGGUCUGACACUUCUGGAGAGUUAUUUGGCGGCACAAUUAGAGAAAUCGGAUCAGUUAUGGAAUAUGUCACAGAUGCAGAAUUGCUUAGACUUCAUUACGGAUCGCAAUAAAACUGGCUACAGCAGCGUCGCCAGUUGCAGCAACGACACUGGUAGUGAGACUGGUGUAAUUACCCAGGUAAUGACACCGUACACGUGUGUGGAGAAAUCACUGCAAGUGUUUGCUAAACGCAUCACAAAAACGCUGAUCAACAACAUCAGCAACAUGGUGUCAAUCAAUGACACUCUGCUUUCCGAGCUGAAAAGACUGAAAUCGCUAAUUGUGAGCUUCAAGGAUGAUGCACGCUUCAUUAGCGUUGACUUUACCAAGGUGCAUUCACGCAUCGCACAUCUCGUUGCCAGCUACAUUGUCCACUCUAUGGAGGAUACUGCCACACUUCAUUAUCAGCUGUUGCAAAUGCUGCGCAAAUUGCUGCAACUGAACGGUGAUCGGCGCGAGCAUUUGCAUUGUGUGUGCGCCAACAUGUUGCAAACGUUGAAACAGGCGACGCCAACGAUGCAGCUGCCCGACGUAUUAAAGACCGAGGAAUUGUGCUCGGCCGCCUGGCAGUUGGAGCAGUGUUGUGCCUGUUUGUGGGACGCGAAUCUCAGUCGCAAAACGAGUCGACGCAAACGCACCGAAUCGAUGCGUGCUCAGGCACAUGAAAUGGCCAAUGCAACGACGACGUCGGCAACAACAGCAGCAACACUCUCAGCAGCUGCCGUCAGUUUGAGUAACAAUAUCGGAGUUGUACAUCCAGUGGCCAAAACAAGCAACAACAGAAACUUCAAUAGUUAUCGCUACAGCGAAUCCCAAAGCGAUGACGAUGAUAUUUUCGCUGAUCCGAUCUUCUACGAGUGUUGCAACAAUGUUGGCGCCUCGGAGAGCAGCGAGGAUGAGGAGGUAUUCUAUACGCCACCAGAGAGCCGUUCGCCUCGAUUGUCCUGCGACUUGGAGCCACGUUAUGAACUCUUCAUUUUUGGCAAUGAACCCACAAAGCGUGAUCUGGAUGUAUUGAACGCCGUUUUCCAUGUGAAGAUUGAAAAGGAAGCACUGCCAUUAGUAUACGCCUGGCGCACAGCUAUGGAGAGCUUCUCCACCUCUGAAAUGGAUCUCUUUCCCUCACCGAAAAGUGUGCAGCGCACACACAAGCCAUCUUUUAUUGGCACUGCUCCUAACUACAGUAUUUCCGCCGAUGGCACUUCCACCUCGAAUGUGCAUCGAAAUCGAUUGCUUUGCUCGCCAAAGUUGAACGCAGUUGUCGCUCGCUUGGCGGAGCAAAAGACCGUUGUGUCACAAUCGCAGUCGCCACCGCCGCAAUCGGAGCGAAUAGAUGUUGUAUCGUCGCCGAUGCCCUCACCAAUGCCGACGCUGGCUACUGUGGCUGCGGCAACGGUAUCGCAGUCAUUCCAAACGCCGCUCAACAAAGUGCGCGGCCUCUUCAGCAAAUUCCGUGAGACACGUCAGGAGGAUUCGCCAAUGAUAAAUUCGCCCGAAUAUGUCAAUAUCAAUUCCCGUUUCAAUAACUCCCUCUUUGAUGAUGAGGACUGAUGAUUGGGAUCCAAAGCAGCACCGAAGCAGAAACACAAAAAACACAAGCUGAAACAGAAAAAACAACUAAAAUUGAAACAGCAACAACAACAGCAGUUCUUGUUUUAGUUUUUGUUUUUUUUAUUAUUUAUAUACAUAUAUUUUUUUUUAUAAUAAAUUUUUUGAAAUUGUAUUCAAACAACUGUCGAAUGCCUGAAAGUUAUAUUGAAAUUACGAAACAAAAAGAAACAAAACAU